CUAUUCCUAUUGUGGCAAAAGGGCAACCGCGCACUCACUACUGCCAGCCGCGCGGCCAGCCUUAAUACCCGCCAAGCUGUAAACAUUUCUGCUGUUCAGUAGUGAGAACGAUCUCACCAUGGAUAUUGACAACGUAAAGUUCAUCGAAGAAAUUGAAAAACGGCCGGCAACUUGGGAUAUGUUACGGAAAUCCUACAGUGACCUCAAUAUAAAGAAAAGAGAAUGGCAGGAAAUCAUCGAAUUAUUUGGAGGUGACAGGUGUUCAGAUAAUAAAGGAAAAGAAGUCCUGGGCAUUUCUCUUCAAAAGAAGUGGAAAAACUUGCGGGAUAGUUUCGCAAGGGAAAGGAGACGCCUUAAAAACCCUAAAAGUGGUUCAGCAGCAUCCAGAAAAUCAUGUUACAUGUAUUACAACAAUUUGUUAUUUUUAAGUAGAGCUAUAGCAGUGAAUGAAACUGAAACAAAUGUAUUGCCUAGAGAAGAUAUCCAGGACUCUUCGGAGCAGACUCGUGCUGAGGGACCAUAUGCUGGCUUUAGACGAUCUCACUCCAAGAAAAGAAGCGUAGAAGACCCAGUGGGGAACGAACUGGUCAGUAUACUGAAGGAGGCCGCAGCGGCAAGAGAGGCACGAGAAAUAGAAGAAAGGACCCAAAUGGACGACGAUAAACUUUUUCUACUCUCCUUGCAUAACGACCUUGCAAGUGUUCCUAAUUACUUGAAACUGCAGACUAAAAUGGAAAUAAUACAGGUGAUACAGAGGGCGCAGAAGUAUCACAACUCACAUCAACACUCGCAGCUUUCAAGCGGGACACCACUAUCGUCCACCAUCCUUACACAAAAUCAGCAGCAGGAAUAUCAUCCGGGCUAUUUUAUUCAGUCUCACUUCGUGCAGCAGCCACCAAAUGAUCCCCGUCCAUCAACUUCAGCUGCCAAACCCCACAAUUCAGAAGAUUUGUACAGUCUCCUGCAGAAACACUGGCAAGUGACACAUCAACGCAGUCUCCAGCAUGUGAUAUAGUGAGUGUGUACGGUGAUAUGUACGAAUAAAGUCCUGUUCAGACAUGCGUAUGAAAAGAACACUAUACUUAAUCAUAUUGCAAGACUUUAGGGGCAUGCUGCUUGUUAUAUUUUUAAUUUUUGCUUACCUCAAUGUGACUAAUAACUUCUCUUCUGCACUGAUGCACGGCCUCAUUGUGGUAUUAAUGCCAGUAAUUAGGGGCCUUAUUGUAUCAAGCAGUUCGCCAAAUGAUUUGAUAGACAUUCUUGUGUAACUGAAGAACUUCUCUUCAUAAGUUCUCAGUUCUAUAAAAAACGUAGUAAACAUUCCUUUUGUUGACCUGGAGCUUAAGAGUGGAUGCACCCAGUACUUUCUUUUGUACCUGCGUUUUGUCCUAUAAUACAGAUAUGAAACAGCUGCGAUCUCUUCGACUUCCAUUUUGAAACUAAUGACGAUAUCGGUCGCUCGUUUGGCCGCACGUUCAGCGGCUGGCCACCCAACACUGGUCGCUGUUGUGACCGUUGUGGCCGCCUAGUGCGCGGGCGGCGUUAGCCCGUAGAUUUGUGUACACACACACACUACGCAUGCGUGCAACCCCCACCAGACCCGUCCCAGAAGACGUUUCUCUAUAUGACAAUUUCUUUAUUAAUUGUUAAUUUCCGACUUAUUUUCAUAUGGUGCACGGGCAAUGGCCCAUUAACUACACCGAAAGAAAAAAAACUGGAAAGUGGCUUCACGUUAAUAUACAUAUAUACAUUGUCUUAUAUUUUAUUA